AUGAAGACGAAGAUCACGAUGCCCGCCCACUUGAUGUAUGAUGGGCAGGAGGAAAACCUGUUUGAGCACUUCAGCGCGGUAGCACAGCGGCUGGGUGUCUACACCGCCUUGGACGACAUCCUCGAGUUCCUGGUCAAGAGGUGGAACAUCGCCGGCCUCACUGGCUUGUCCGGGGAAGGGCGGCGCGCUCAGGAUUACCUCUGUUCCCUAGGACCAAGGUUUAGGAAGCUGGUGGAGCGAGCUCAGGGGAGCGGGAAGCAGUUGCCGGUUGUUCCUUUCAGCUGGAUCUAUGGCCGGCAAGUGCAGCUUUGA